AUGACGGACAACCGUCGAUACGCGCAAAUAGAUGUUGACGAUAUCGACGGUGGCGAGCUUAGUUUGUGCUGUAUUUGUGGAAGGACCUUUCGUAACCGAAGAUCUCUUCAUCUACACGUCAUUCUUGAGCACGCAAGUGAGGCACCGACCACCUCCGACACUCCACCAAUAGCACAUUCAUCUGCUUUACGAGAGCUGGAUGAGGUGGAUUCUCGAAUUCCAUUGAUAGUGGACUGUGAAGGCGAAGAAUGUAGUGAUGACUCAUGCCACCCUCAGGAUCUGCGGAUACGUCGGUCUCCCAUCGAUCGCGCGUCAUCAUCAAUGCCCGCUUCCCGUGAAUCUACCGUCGCCAUGACGCCACGCACUCCCCCUGGUCCCUCCUCCUAUACAGCCCACGUCCACCAAGAAGUCUCAAUGCGUGUGGGUUCGCGUCACCUCGUGUUUGAACUUGACACGGCCUCGGGUGGACCCGGUGAAGUAAUGAAUCAGCACGUUAGAGCAUCGUGGCUUUUGAUGAAAGUUUUAAUCGAGACUUGUCACUGCGUCUCGAGUUCGCUACCGGCGAUAGCCGUCGUCUUCGCCAUCGCCGUCGUCGUCGUCGUCGCGCAGUCAUCGCUUCACGGCACGACUUAUGGACACAACCGGCUACCGGUAAUCUUAACCAUGUCUGGGGCUAUGUACACGGUGUACCUGCUGAGCAGUACCCAAGAGACCUUUGGGACAAAUUCGAGACGUUUUGUCAUAUUCGAUGAGCUGGGUGCAGACUUUUCUUACUCAGGAGAAACCUACGAAUCACAAAGUGAUGCAGUCAACAGCGGGCGAAGCAGUACAACAGAAAUCCCCCCUUACGAGCAUUUGUCCUCCCAGACAAACAGUCCUGGAGGCGUUGUUGAUAUUUGUGUUGUUGUUGUUGUUGUUGUUGCUGCUACCGCCGCCGCCGCCGCUGCUGCUGCUGCUGCUGCUGUGGUGCGUCAUCUUUGGUUGAUUAAAGGUGGCGAGACAGUCGUUUGUACAAUGGCCCCAUUCAGGCAGGCCUCUGUUAGUGGUGGCGACAGCAGCAUAAGUGUUCGCGCAUUCCAGUGCAGAGAGUGCCAGAAGAGUUUCUCGCGCAACUCCGACCUGCAGAAGCACAUAGACGCUGUCCACAAGGGCCUCCGGCCGUACGAGUGCGCCAUCUGCCAGAAACGCUUCUCGCAGAAGUCCAGUCUGAAGCGCCAUCGGGAGGCUGUCCACGAAGGAAUUAAGGCCUUUCAAUGUAACCACUGUGCCGCCAGAUUUUCCUACGAUGUCCACUUAAAGCGCCAUAUUCGCGCGAAACACAAGACUACCUCAACGCCAGGAACGGAGGCUGCCUCUUCAAGCAGCCUCCCGUCUAGUCCUGUAUUCCAGCCCACCUCCCUCCGACAGGCCUCUACUUGA